UCACGUUGGAUGUUUUGGUAAACAGAGAAAAUUAUGGACGCCGCAGUAGAUGGAAUCCCCCCUAUUAUGUGGGAACCGGACCGAACCAUGUCGACUAAAAUGGAUGAAUUGAGGACAAGAAUCAAUGAAAAAUAUAGUGUAAAUCUGGAGACUUAUAGAGAGUUCCACAAGUGGUCCUGUGAGAACUAUGACCAGUUUUGGGAGGAAGUCUGGCAGUUUACCGAUGUCAUCCACUCACAGCCUUAUACAGAGGUGAUUGAUAAAUCCAAGAAUAUUGCAGAGAUUCCUACAUGGUUUCGAGGGAGCCGCCUUAAUUUUGCGGAAAAUCUGCUCCGUUACAAUGAUGACCGUGUUGCAGUUUAUGCUACAGGUGAAGGACUUGGGAUCAAAGGAAUGCAGAAGAAAACAUUUAAGGAACUCCGAUCCUCUGUGGCGAGAUAUGCAGCAGCCAUGAGAAAAAUGGGGGUCCAGUCAGGAGACAGGGUCGUAGGGUACAUCCCAAACUGUACAGUUGCUCUGGAGGCCAUGUUAGCUGCAGCAUCUAUAGGUGCUGUGUGGAGCUCUACCUCUCCAGACUUUGGGGUACAGGGUGUUUUGGACAGAUUCUCACAAAUAAAACCAAAGUUGAUAUUCAGUAUUAAUGCUGUAUGGUACAAUGGCAAAGUUCACUCACAUCUGGAGAAACUGGAACAAGUUGUCAGAGGGUUACCUGACCUUGAGAAAGUUGUUGUUCUGAGGUUUGUUCCUGAUGCACCCUGUGAUAUUUCAGCUAUUCCUAACAGCUGCUUAUUGGAGGAAUUUGUCUCAUCAAGUGACCCAGAUGUGGAGCUGUAUUUUGAACAAGUCCCCUUUAACCAUCCAUUAUUUAUCAUGUACUCAUCAGGGACCACUGGAGCCCCUAAGUGUAUGGUCCACUCAGUGGGGGGAACCUUGCUGAAGCAUUUAGAGGAACACAUCAUACAAAGCAACAUGGGAAGGGAGGACAUUUUCUUUUAUUACACUACAGUUGGCUGGAUGAUGUGGAAUUGGUUAGUCUCAGGUCUGGCUGUGGGUGCCGCCAUUGUUCUGUAUGAUGGGUCCCCUCUGGUGCCCCAUGCAAAUCACCUCUGGGAUCUGGUGGAUGAAUUAGGGAUCACUUUGUUUGGAACAAGUGCUAAAUGGUUGGCUGUAAUGGAAGACAGGGGACUGAAGCCAGGGACCACACACAAACUGAAGACUCUAAAGAUGAUCAUGUCCACAGGAUCCCCCCUGAAGCCUCAAAGUUAUGAUUAUGUGUACAAGGAAAUUAAAAAAGACCUUCUCCUGGCCUCCAUAUCAGGUGGCACUGACAUCAUUGCCUGUUUUAUGGGUCAGAACUGGACAGUCCCGGUACACAGAGGGGAGGUUCAGGGCUUUACCCUUGGCUGUGACAUGCAGAGCUGGAAUGAGGAAGGUAAGCCAGUGUAUGGGGAGCCAGGGGAACUGGUCUGUCUGAAGCCAUUCCCUUCCAUGCCCGUCUAUUUCUGGAAUGACCCCCAGGGGGAAAAGUACACUAAUGCAUACUUCUCCAUGUACCCAGGUGUGUGGGCUCAUGGUGACUACUGUUGUAUUAAUCCUAGGACUGGAGGGAUAGUCAUGCUGGGAAGAAGUGAUGGGGUACUUAAUCCUAAUGGAGUUAGAUUCGGAAGUGCAGAAAUCUAUAAUGUUGUCGAGUCCUAUAAGGAAAUACAGGAUAGUGUUUGUGUUGCCCAGAGAAAGGCAGAUAACUCCGAGGAGAGAGUCAUCUUAUUCUUGAAGAUGGCAUCAGGAGCAGAUUUUGCCCAGGAACUAGUUAAGAGCAUAAAGGUCAACAUCCGACAUCUUCUGUCUGCCCGACACGUACCAGAGGUCAUCCUCCCUAUCCAGGACAUUCCAUAUACAAUCAGUGGAAAGAAAGUAGAGGUAGCUGUCAGACGAGCCAUUCAUGGACAAGAAGUAGUCCAGCGGGGGGCAUUAGCCAAUCCCUCAAGCAUUGAUUACUUCUACGACAUUCCAGAACUGAAAAAGUACUGAAAUGUUAUGUUAGUUCAAUUAUGAACAAAAAAUAAUCCUGUGAUGGAACUUUUAAGUAUUAUUGUGUGAUAUGUGGGUCAAUUAUAACUUCUUCAGUGGGAUUUAAUUUAAUUACAAGGAAAUGUAACUGUAAUAGCCAUGUAAUAAUGGAAGGCUGUAAUUGUUAAAUGUGAAAUCCUUAAUAUGCAUAAUCAGUUUUUGUUGUUGUGACAGCAAUGAAAUACUCCUGUAGUUGUGUAUUAUACUUUUGUUUUGUGUUUAAGAACAUACAUAUCGGUUACUGAUCUCAUUGUCUGUUUCUGCUUCACAGCAUCAUUUGAUUUCCAAGUACUGUGUACCACAAGAAAUAUUUCUCAGUCACAGAUACUUACAUCUUUGUUUAUACAUAUAAAUUGUUUAAGUUAUAAGUUAUAAUAAUAACUUUUUACCCUUUGUACAUUGAAAUAUCAUGGUUAAAUUAGCAAAUAAUGUUUCUUUAUUAAAACCAUUAUUUAUUAUUGUUAACAGUUUAUGAUGUACUAUGAGGGAUUAGUAAAUAUUUAGUGUAUAGCCAUACACACACGAUGAGCAUUGUUUUGUUUUAUCAAGAAGUUCAUUCAAGGGUCUUGUCAUGACACCAAGGCAUUGUCAACUCCAUUGUAUUGGGAAAGAUGGCAUAUUAGAUAUACUAGUGUCGAUUGGGCAAAUGUUCAAUUAACAAACGAAAAUAACAGGUGGUGAUUUAGCAAUUUUGUAU